AUGAAACCCUACUCCAUCACUGCUUGUUGGAAUCGCUACACUUUCGCCAAAGCAUUCACCUUGCUCGGGGAUUCACCGAGAGAGAGGAUUCUGGCAGACUUUGUCAUCCCGAAAGAUAUGAUCGUCAUCGUGGAUGCGAUUGCAGGCAACUUCCACAAUCCCUUCUGGGGCCCAGACAGCCAUGCAUAUCAGCCGAGCCAGUUUGCGGGGAUGAAACCCAACAAGCUGAGGAUCCUUAAGCCUACCCUCUGA